AUGGAGCCCUCGCCAACCUCCUCCUCCUCGCCGGCUGUGGCGCGCCGGUUGUCGCCGGAGGUAAGGAGGGUGCGGAAGCGGGCGCUGGAGGAGGUGCUGGAGCAGGUCCAGCGGGCGGUUGAGAUGCUGCGCGACGCCGACGCUGAUCUCGGCGUCUCUCUCUCGGAGGACACCGCAGCAGCCCCGCCGGAGGGCGAGGACCGCAGGGGCGAUGUCGGUGUCGAUGGAGAUGACGUGGCGACGUCGUCGGUUGCGAGUGACUCCGAUUACGAGACGGCCCAGAUGUGUGACCUUCUUAAAUCUAAGGUUGGAUCGCUCGAGUUCCUUCAAAAGCUCAAUGGUAUUCAUAAGCCAGUAGAUCAGAAUGGUGCAGUGGAACCUGAUGCAUCAUGGGAUAUAAUAAAGUCAGUCGAUUUGUGGGAAGAUGGUGACUCAGAUGAUGGAUAUGUUCUUGUUAAGCAGGAGGAUGUGGUUGAUGGGAUUACUUCCUUUAUGGCUGCAUACUUGUUAUCACUUAAAAGGACCGAGGACCUGUCCCUGAUCAACUUCAGAAAGCGCUUAGGAAGACGUUUUCAGCUGAAAAGAAGAAAAGUAAAAUCCGGAAGGCAUGGGAUGGAACUAAAGUCAUUUAUAAUGUUGCUUCAUGGGGCGCUACUGCUGUUGGGUAAUAUAGCCUGA